AUGUUCAUAAAACAUAACUCUUUGCAUGAUCGUUUUUAAGGUAAUUAUUAAUAACAGCUUAUCCUAAUAAGGAUAAGCUAAACAGAAACUUACUCUGAUAUAAGCGGCCUUCUUUCUCAUCUAUUUUCUAAUUGCCCUUGGAGGCCCAUUUGUACCCUUAAAGGAGAGACAACAGAAUUAAGAUUUAAGGUCCUUACAAAAUUCUAUCGAAAUUAAUGUCACUCCUUGAACCUACUACUAAUCAGGAAUCGAUCCUUAUUAAGUUAAUAAUUAUAAUUAAUGAGUAUUCACUAUUGUACCAGCCAAUACCACCAACUAUUUUUAUAUAUAUGCUUAUGGUAGUAUUGAAAAUUUUUGCCAGAGAGUUUAGAAAAGGUAAUGAUUCAGAAUAAAACUUAAUCACCCCAGCACACUUUCUGUAAGCUGCAGACCUAGUAAAGUUGAUAUACAACUACUGAAUGUUUAAGAACUUAAAAUUUAUUUUUAUUUUUAAUUUGAUGGAAUCGUUGUUA